GCGUCAUGUGCUGAACUGCUAUGUGUUUGUGCUCUGACCCAUCCGAAUUAUGCAUUCUUUGUUCUAAUUUAGGUCAUUUACAAUUAUGAUACAUUUAUCGUUAUUUUUAAUUAUUCUAUUCACAACUGAAUUAUAAAGUAAAAAAUUGCACUUCAAAUACGAGAAUGAAAAUGGAUGGCGAUCAAGGAAAGGAUAGCCCUUCCAAACCAACUGAAAAUAUUAAUACUAAAUCUGCAAAGCCAUUAGGACUAAGUACAAGAAUUGCUCUUGAAAUAUUACAACGUGACGUUAAAAGAGUUUUACAAGAAUAUGAAGAAGAGUACAAAAGAAAUAAAAAAUAUAAAGCUUGGCUAAAGGACACAUUACAUCAUCGUAGUCAAUAUACAACUCUUUGUUGGACUUCAGCAAUCGCACUUUUGAUCAAUGCUAUUAUACUUGUCAUUGCAUUCUUCACAAUCAACGAUACAUGGUAUCCUACACUGCCUUAUGAAGGACUGACUGUUUGUUGUCUAGUGAUGUUAAAUUUUAUUUUAGUCGUAUCUGAUAAUAAAUUACGACACGAAGAAAUUCCUUAUAGAGUACGAGGUCUCCUUGACCAAUUAGAAGUAGCAAAAAAUACUUGCCAAUGGAAUCCAGAGAAUUAUCCACAUUUAUGUAGUCCACUGUCUCCUUGCUUAACGUUACAGUGGACUUAUCGCGAUGGUCGCAUAAUUAAUUUACCCUGGGCAUUGUUAGUUGCUAGUGAUAUAAUCGUCAUAAAACCCGGACAACAAGCACCUGGAUAUUGUGUCCCGUAUGAUGAUGCUGAUGCACCAGUAUUACAUGCAAGAGAAGUAUACAGUCCUCAGGUUCACAGUGCUAAUGAAAUAUUUUCAACACCACAGGCACGAACGCCUUUAAAAAAUAAAAUUUACAAACUUCAAGAAACACCAUAUUUAAUGAAUCUCAGAAUGGCUCUCGAUCAAGCUUUAGACAGACCGGUCACGUAUCACAAUCGCAAACGGCAUCUUUUAAUGAUAUGUUGCAUCGAACAAUUGGCUUAUCCAAUUCUUUUGAUUAUUGUUCUAGUUGCUAAUUUAUUUCGAUACAUGUAUGUGUCAGAAUAUUUCGGUGUCGGUUAUUGGAAUGAAAUGUUUCUGUUACAACCGAUUGCUAUUAGUAUCCCUUUACUUCCGUUAGUAUUCCCAACUUGUUGGAUUUUUUUAAAUUGUUUUGGAAUGGCUCGUUUCAAAGCUCUGUUUAAGCUUUAUCAAUCUUCGAAGAAACUUCAGUUUGUGGAUCCUUUCGAAGAUGCGGAUAUUUCCGGGCCUAGCCAUCCAGAAGUAGUGUACAAUUGGUUGGAAUUAAAAGAAUAUUUUUUUGACAUAUUGUUUGGUAAAGAGCAUAUGAUGUCAAGAUCCGCCAGUAUUCUACAUGUUUUAGGAUCAGUCACGGCAUUAUGUUGCGUGGAUAAAAAAGGGAUUCUUUCGUGGCCUAAUCCAACUGCCGAGAAAGUAUUCUUUUUACGAAAUGCUAAUACUCUAUCCCCAUCUUCGAGUACUGGUAGCUUAGAUAGAAAUUCAGAACCUCAAUAUCAGACACAAACUGACGAUUCUAAACAAGAUUCGAAUAAAACAUCCUAUGUGACUCAUGAUAUGUCCCAUUCAACAGCUGAAGUUUUGGAUCUUACUCAUGACCAUGCUUUACCAUUUCGUCUACAGUUCGAUGACCAUUCUUGGAGGCAACAUUUGAACUCAUUAAAACCCCUAGGUUUAGCGAUUCUUCUCAACACGUGUAAUAUGGAUACGCAAGAGCAUUAUAUGCAGUUUUGUUGCCAUGUCACGUGUGAAGCUCUUUUUAAUGAAAAUCUAGUACCAGUAACGAAUAGACGCUACCAGGAUCACAGUGUAGAAGAUAAGAGUGGGUAUCAGGCAAAAGAUACAAUGCAAAGUUCAAGACAGGUGUAUUUAGUCGACGAAUCAGGGAGCCUUGGACAUAUGUGGUGUUUAUGCGAAUUAGCCAAGCAGAUAGGUUUCCAAGAUCAGGCACAAAAUAUAUUUCAAUUGGAGCAACAAUUGUCCACGUUUAGGCAUGUUCAACCAGAGAUGGUUCGGCGAGAUAUCAAAUUUGCACGAUCUUUGAGUAUCGCGACAAAGUUAAAAUUUCCAUUUCCACAUAUGGUAGCUGUAGUGGUUAGAGAACGCAGUGGUGGAGGUUUGCAAUUACUUACACAGGGUACAGCAGAUAUAAUAUUGGAUUCUUGCAUUGAAUUUUGGGACGGUCAUGAUCUCUGUCCAUUAUCAGCAUCGGAUAGGAAAAAAGUGCAAGAUUUUUAUCAAAGAACGAGCUUAACAUCAUAUUGUACUGCAUUUGCGUAUAGGCCACUAACACGUGGUAUUUGUGAUAAAAUGUCUAAAAUAUAUCUAGAACUUCCUGCAGAUAGCAAACAUUUGUAUGCACCUCACAGAAGUCCUACUCCUUUACCUUGGGACUUUAGAAAUGUUCUUGAUCCUAGAGUGAAAGGCAUACUUGGACAAUUUCACUCGACUGAUUCUUUGUUGUGCAAUGAGAAUAAAGACGAUGUUGUAAAUGACGUUGAUAGCUGCUUUGACAUUCAAUGUAAUCAAGUUUUUAUUGGUAUGGUCACUAUGCAGUACCAAGCACAAACAGAUAUGGUACAAUUAAUCGAACAACUCGACAGAGCUUGUAUUCGAUUUGUUCACUUCAGCAAAGAGAAUGAAUUAAGAUCACGCGUAUUCUCAGAAAAGAUGGGCCUCGAAAGCGGAUGGAAUUGUCACAUAUCGUUGCUCAGUGAAAGAGCUAGGUCCGAGAGUCUAGUGGGUUGGUGGGUGAGCCAGGCAGCAGCCAUGUCCUCACCCACUCCCUCGGCCCAAUCUCAUCAGCAUAAUUACUCCUGCAUGGAUGAGGCCAGCCACUUGCUUAAUCGUGUCUCUCCUCGCACCAAUUUGGAUAAUAGCCGUGCUAUGAGUAUGUCAGCACCAAGCGCUAUAAAUACCGAUUUCUCUACCGUGAAAUUCGAUGAUGAAACCACGGAAUGGAACGACACAGGAACAUCUCAAGUUAAAAGCGCUAUGAGUCACAGGGAACAAGACACAGUGAGAAGCGAAGAUAGCGUGCUUGUGCAAAGCGUAGAUCUGGGUUCCGGGCAAGAAGCAUGGCGAUCUUUGAGUUGUCUCACAGACAGCACGGAGCAGAGCGCUCCUGUAAAUUUUGACUUGUCGAACAGGGCAAAACUACCUCGAGGCAUCGAUAAGAUUCGACCACACAUAGAAUUAAUAGACAAUGUACCCCUUUUGGUAUCUCUGUUCACCGAUUGCAACACCGCUGUUACAAGGGAAAUGUUGCACAUUAUGCAAGAUUAUGGAGAAGUUGUAUGCGUACUUGGCUCCUCUGCUAACGCAGAAAAUAUGCCCAUCUUCAUGCAAGCAGAUGCAGGAGUGGCGGUAGAACCAUUGUAUCCACAAGUUUGUCAAAGAGUUCCUGUAUUGACACCAACCAAAGAUGACCAAGGUCCAUCUCCAGUGGAUUUAAGCAGAGCAUUGAAUUCUGUUGCUUGCUCUUUAAGCGUGAAACGAGAAGAUCCAAUUGCAAUUUUUCAUUUAAUCAUGGAGGCUCGGCAUUAUAUGAUGUGCCUCUGGAAUUGCGUGCAAUUCUGGCUCUGUUGUACAGUUACUCUCUCCUUCACACAAGCUAUGUCCGGUUUCCUGUUAUUACCGCCCUUAUUUUCGGUCGAUCAAGUCUUAUGGUUGUGUUGCUUAAUCAUUCCAAUAUUAUCUAUAUCUAUGAUUGCUACACCAAUGGAUCCUACCAUAAUGCAACGUGCAACUGGUAAAAACCAAUGUACUGUAAAUGGUCAGGUUGCACUGUUUGUUCUUUGGUGUUAUGGCAGUAAAUUUUUGCCGACAGUUGUAACGAUAGUUCUGUCGCAGUGUAUCUCGUUUUUAUCUUUGUGCCCUACUUACACACCAGAUUCUAAAUGCUUGUAUGUAUACCCAGAUACACAAGGAGAAAUUUCAUGGGGUGGUUGGGGUGACAAACCAAAUAUUAUUUUAGUGAUACAACAUUUCGCUUUGUCGCUGUUAGUUUUACAUUUGGUAACGAUAUCCAUAAGCUUUGUACAUAGAGAAUAUUCUAUUUGGAAGAAACAACCUUUUAACAAUUACGUAUGGUUUUUCAGUGCAUUUAUAGCAUUAUGCGCACAAGCUGCAUUCUCAGGAACAGUGUUUUGUAAAUUCUGGAAAGACGAAGGGCAAAGUAUAAAAGACUUUCCUUUACAUCUUCCCCUAUUUUUCUUAGUUUCAUUGCCAUUAAUCUUUGCCAUUAACGAAUUGAUCAAAUGGCAAGAAAUCAAAGUAAACGUGAGGUAUCAAAAAAGAGCACGAUUAGAAUUUGGUACAAAACUUGGUAUGAAUUCACCAUUUUAAAAAAAUUUUUCUUCUAAAUAAAAAGGACUAAAUAUAAAUAUAAA